AUGCAUUAUAUCACCGCCACCACCCUCCUUUCACUAGGCCUUGCCUCAGCCUACAACAUCCCCGAUAACCUGAAGCAAAUCUACAACAGCCACAAAUCCGGAAAUUGCAACAACAAACUCGCAGAUGGCUUCACAGAUGGAAUCAGCGGCGCAUCAACCUUCGCCUACUGCGGCGAUAUCCACGGGGCAAUCUACCUCCACAGCUCCGGUAACGGCGGCCAAUAUGACAACAUGGACGUAGACUGCGACGGUCUGAAUGAUAAGGGCGGAGACUGUGGCUCCGACCCGACUGGGCAGGGCGAAACUGCUUUCAAGGACCAGUUGAGCCAGUUUGGCAUUGAGGAUCUCGAUGCUAAUCUGCACCCCUAUGUCGUAUUUGGUAAUACCGAUUUCGAUCCGCAGCAGUAUGGUAUGGAGCCGUUGAGUGUUAUGGCUGUUGUUUGCAACAAUCAAGUGCUGUACGGUAUCUGGGGUGAUACGAAUGGCGCGGAUUCAACUGGUGAAGCGUCGAUUUCGUUGGCUCAGAUGUGCUACCCCAAUGAUGGUAUUAAUGGUAAUAAUGGACAUACAGAGGAUGAUGUGCUGUACAUCGGAUUCACUGGUCAAGGUGCUGUUCCUGGUAGCAGUGCCAACUGGAAGGCUGGAGAUCGCGAUGCCUUUGAGGAUAGCAUCAAGGGUCUUGGUGACAAGCUGGUUUCUGGUCUCCAGGGGUAG